UUACUCGUCAACACGACCUUGCUUCCAAACAAGUCAGCCAAUGGAAGCUCAGCCGCAGCAGGACUCGAUCUCCGACGACCGAAACCCCCGGAGGAGCUACUGGAGAUGGAGGAAGCAAGACUUCUUCCCGGAGUUCUCUUUCCAGAGCCUCUCCUCCUACAAAUCAGCUCUCUCCGCCACGUGUCCCCGCCUCGCCGACCGUCUCCUCGCGCGCUCCUCCGACGCUUACGAGAUCGACGCCGCCCGCCGCGAGAGCGAGAACCCCAUGCGCCGCUGCCUCACGUGGUGGGACCUCCUCUGGCUCAGCUUCGGCUCGGUGGUCGGGUCCGGCGUGUUCGUGAUAACGGGCCAGGAGGCCCGCGUAGGAGCGGGCCCAGCCGUUGUGCUAUCCUACGCCAUCUCAGGCCUCUCGGCCUUGUUAUCGGUGCUAUGCUACGCCGAGUUUGGAGUCGAGAUUCCUGUAGCUGGAGGCUCCUUCUCUUACCUAAGGGUUGAGUUAGGAGACUUCAUAGCGUUUAUAGCUGCUGGGAAUAUUCUCCUCGAGGCUAUCGUUGGUGCUGCUGGUUUAGGGAGGUCGUGGUCUAGUUAUCUAGCGAGCUUGGUUAAGAACGAUUCAGAUUAUUUUCGGAUUAGAGUCGAUUCCUUUGCUAAUGGAUUUGAUCUUCUGGAUCCGGUCGCUGUGGCGGUUCUUUUAGUUGCUAACGGUAUAGCAAUGAGUGGGACUAAGAGGACUUCGUGGCUUAAUUUGAUUACUUCCGUUGUAACGGUUUGUGUUAUUGUGUUUAUAGUUGUUGUUGGGUUUACUCAUUCUAAAACCUCAAACUUGGUUCCGUUUUUCCCUUACGGAGCGAAAGGCGUUGUUCAGUCGGCUGCUGUGGUGUACUGGUCGUACACCGGGUUUGAUAUGGUUGCCAACAUGGCUGAGGAGACUGAGAAGCCGGCUAGGGAUAUACCGAUUGGUUUGGUUGGGUCUAUGUCUAUGAUCACUGUGGUUUACUGUUUGAUGGCUUUGGCGUUGACUAUGAUGGUGAAGUACAGUGAGAUUGAUCCCAACGCGGCGUAUUCGGUUGCUUUUUCUCAGAUUGGGAUGAAAUGGGCUAAGUAUUUGGUUGGUAUAUGUGCUUUGAAGGGUAUGACUACAAGUCUUCUUGUUGGUUCUUUAGGACAAGCUCGGUAUACGACUCAGAUUGCUCGGUCUCAUAUGAUUCCUCCGUGGUUUGCUUUGGUUCAUCCGAAAACAGGAACUCCUAUUAACGCUACUCUCCUUGUGACCAUACUCAGCGCGGUUAUCUCCUUUUUCACCAGCUUAGAUGUUCUCUCGAGCGUUUUCUCUUUUGCUACGCUCUUUAUUUUCAUGCUCGUGGCGGUAGCGUUGCUCGUGAGACGUUACUACGUGAAGGACGUAACUCCUGAGAGUGGUUUGUUGAAGUUUCUCGGUUUUCUGUUUCUGAUCGUUGUUUCUUCGGUUGGUGUAUCAGCGUUGUGGAACGCAGGCGUUAGAGGCUGGAUCGGUUACGCGGUGACUGGAGUCAUAUGGUUUAUAGGGACUUUGGGAUUAGCGUUUCUUCCUAAAUACCGUGUUCCUAAAGUUUGGGGAGUCCCGCUUGUUCCGUGGCUGCCAUCGUUUUCAAUCGCCAUGAACCUUUUCCUUAUCGGAUCACUCGGUUAUGUAGCGUUCUUGAGAUUCAUUAUAUGUACCACGGUGAUGCUUUUGUACUACGUAUUCGUUGGUCUUCAUGCAACUUAUGAUGUAGCUCAUCAGCCCAUGGAGGAAGCAAAGUUUGAAGGGGAGAGUUAACAACAGACAAAAUCUAUCGCUUCACUUCAUUAUGGUUUGCCAAAAUUGUAUAAAAUCACGUGUUUUCUUUUGUAAUUUCCAUAUUCUUGUAUUUUCGUUGCAAUAAUACUUGGAUCGUUCCAACUUCAUAUUUUAUCUUCUUUUCA